AUGGCGGCCAACUACUGGACGUCGACCCAACGUCGCCACUGGCUUUUCUCCCGGGAAAAGCUAGCGGAGAUUCGGGAUGUGUUACGUGAGAAGGACCACGCUGCACAUUCACAGUUUCCGCUGCCGGAUCAGCGGCUACUGAACAUCUACUUCAACCAGCAGCUCAUAAAGCUUGGCAAGCGCAUGUCCACUAGACAGCAGGCCAUUGCGACAGCACAGGUAUAUCUCAAGAGGUUCUAUACCAAAAAUGAGAUCCGACAAACAAACCCGUACCUUGUGCUCACCACAGCCUUUUAUCUUGCCUGCAAGAUGGAAGAGUGCCCACAGCACAUUCGCUUUGUGGUUGGCGAAGCACGCGGUCUAUGGCCAGAAUUCAUCACCCCAGAUGUGGCAAAGUUAGGGGAAUGCGAGUUUGCUCUUAUCUCGGAAAUGAGCUCGCAAAUGAUCAUCCAUCAUCCCUACCGAACGUUGUCUGAACUUCAAUCUGAACUAGAACUCACUUCAGAGGAGGUCGCUCUUGCCUGGUCUGUAAUCAACGAUCACUAUCUGACAGAUCUGCCACUUCUUCACCCACCCCAUGUUAUUGCUAUUAUGGCAAUCAUCAUCGCCGUUGUGUUUAAACCCUCUCAUCCUGCUAGCUUCUCUGGUUCCACGCAAUCCGCUCUGGCAAGCGCCAUGAGAGAAGGAGGAGGUAUGCAUAUGAUGACUGCUUUGUCGGAUAGAGCUGAAUCCGACCCACCGUCCAAGAUCCAAAAGCUUGUUGAAUGGCUUGCUGAAAGUGAGGUUGAUAUCAAGGCUAUCAUCGAGUGCACACAGGAGCUUGUUUCGCUGUACGAAGUGUGGGAGCAAUACAGUGAGAAGACUUGCAAAGAGCUCAUUGCAAGGGUGGUCAAAACUAAGAAUCUGGACAAGUAA